AUGAACAGCCAGAUUAAAAUGUUCCUGAACAACAUCACCAGAGAGAAAAGCACCAGCAAUUGCACCUGGUGGCUGGGGAAGGGGGUCCACGAGCAGGACCAGGACCCCACCAUACGGCACAAAAGGAAUGUGAACAUGGCUGUGCAUGUUGCAGACAUUGACAACCUCCUCCUGGGAGCAGAUAAAGAGCUACUGCGUAUGGAAACGACGAUGGGGGAGCCAACAGACGACAGCAGGGACAAAUUCAUUCAGUAUUUGUUGGCAGGCACUAAACGUCUGAGUGCACAAUAUGCUUUGAACAACAACAACACUAUCAGUCACAUAAUCAACUGUAGCACCGGCAUCCUCCUUCUGUCAAUGAACAAAUGCGACAUUGAGACUAACCCAAACCCUACGUCUUUGUUUGAGGAGGUCUUUGAGAUCUUUCGCACGGUCUCGAUACUCGUGGGUUCAGCAACCUCACAGAGAAUUGUCAUCAGGCACUCAACAGGCACCAUCUAUCAGAGCAGUCACACACCUGCUGAUCUCAGCAAUGCCGUGCUGGGCUCAGAGCAAGACGGUGAGUUCAUCAUACUCCCCUCACUUGCAGCAUUUCAGUCUCAGCUUGGAGGCCGCAGCCCAAUCAUCGCUCAGAUGGCUACGUUCUCAAGGAACCCCCAUCCGUCUGAUGACAACAUCUCGGGAACUCUUUGCAGCCUUUUACUUACCGAUGGAGUCUCAGACAUAAAGCUGACAAACCUGACAGAGAUGAUAGAGAUCUAUUUGCCUCAUCCAAAUGCGACAGCACUGACUAACAGCACUGUUACAUUGGAGAAAAACACAAAAGCACUAACUCAAAUCAACGUCUCAGACCCUAAUGUGACCAUCUUCCUAAACGUGGAGCCCAGUGCUAAUGUGUCAUUGGUUCUUAAGCUGUCCGAGGGGUCACCUCCUAACAAUACAUAUUUUGUCAGCACAACCAACUUGAGCCUAACAGAUGGCUAUCGCUGGAUGAUAACCCCUGAGAUGUUACAGCAGACUCCUGGAGUCUGGUAUGUUGACACCAGACUCUUUAAUACCACUUGGGAGCCUGGUCUGACGCUGAAGAUCACUUCUUUCACAAGCAAGUGCUUAUACUGGAACACAGAGAGGGAGAUAUGGACCACUGAUGGCUGCCAGGUGGGGGACAAAAGCACUCCAGAGCGAACGCAGUGUCUGUGUAACCACCUCACUCUCUUUGGGAGCUCUUUCUUUGUGAUGCCAAACCACGUGGACUUAUCUCACACAGCUGAGCUGUUCAGCACAUUGUCUGAGAACUAUGUUGUGCUGGCGCUGUUGUGUGCUUUCUUUGGGCUCUACCUGGUGACUCUGCUGUGGGCCUGCUAUGCUGACCGCAGGUCUCGCUCUAAGAGGAAGCUGACCCUGCUGGAGGACAACCACCCAGGCGCUCACUACAACUAUCUGAUCGGUGUCCAAACUGGUCAUCGCAAGAACGCUGGGACUACUGCCAAUGUGACAGUGAAGCUGAUUGGCUCACAGGGCGAGAGUGACACACACAACCUCACAGAUCCUGACAAGCCUGUCUUUGAGAGAGGAGCUGUCGAUAUGUUCGUGUUGGCCACACCCUUCCCACUGGGCGAAGUGCGAAACCUCAGGCUGCAGCACGACAAUUCUGGAGGUCAUCCGUCAUGGUAUAUAAACAAGGUGACCAUACAAGACCUCCAAACACGACACGUGUUUCACUUCUUCUGUGACUGCUGGCUGAGUGCCGACCGUGGAGACAACAUGACCAAGAAAACCUUCAAUGCUGCAAAGAACAACGAGAUUGCCAGCUUCAGUCCGUUCACACGUGCCCAGAGGGUCUCUUGCUGCAUGAGCCUGCUCCUCUGCACCAUGGCCAUCAACAUCGCCUUCUGGAACAUUCCUGUAGAUGAGGACUCACCAGUGCUCUUCCAGUUUGGUGACUGA